GAUGCACGGGGUGAGAGCAAGCUCCCAGCCGGACGGUAGAGGGAGCACCCCCAAUCAAUAUGACUAUCCAAGCAUCAACCAGGACUCCAUACAUCCCUUCCCAGGGAUCGAGCCCACUGCCAGAGUAGACACCGUCGGAACCGGCGGACUCUCAGAACCUUCGGCUUAUCGUCGCAUGAGCUUUGAAAACGGGGACGAAGCGGCUCUCAGACGACCGUCGUCCGCCACAAGCUCCCUUAGCGACCUUCCCGGAGAAGGGGAACCUCAAGACCUGUUCUUUCACCCUGGAAUGAGCUCUAGACCUCUACCGCCCCCACCCGUCCCGGUUACCACGCAAAACCUUCUUCCUCACCUCAUGCCCGCAGGCACAUAUCGCUCCAGCGAGCAUACUGGCCAAAUACCACUAGACCACUACCAUAUGCCACCCUAUCCGACUUCUCCGGACACAUAUUCCUAUUCCAACUCUACUUCUGCCGUGCCUCGCUCAACGUCAUUAUCAGACCAUACAAACACGCAUAAGUCCGCAGAUGCAAUCAUUCGCUCCAAGACAGAUGCUGACAGGGUUAAGUCUAAACAAGCUGCCUAUGACUCCUCCCUGUCAACCCCAUCAGUCACCCUUGACCUCCCGGUUCUACCGGCGGGAAAGCGGAAGAAGUUCCACCCAGGUAAACUGUCCAGUGAACAGUUCCGCAAGUGCACGGAGCCAUGGGCAAUCAGUGCCAUUGUGGCUUGGAUAAGAGAUCUAGCUGAAGACGAGGCAGAUCUAAAGGAACAUUCGAUUGUCGACGCAAUUGUUGCUUUACUCACACAUAAAGUGCCCACGAUGAACACUGCCGACGCCGAGACUCUCAGUGACAGAGUCGUCAAGAGCAUGUUUGCAGCAGGAGCACUGAUCAAAGACGAGGAAUGGGUGAAAUUCGGGCCAGGGACAUUGUCUGGUGUCCUGUGGCAGAUCACCGGCCAGGGAUGCUAUUCCUCCCGUUUACAUAACCAAGAAUACGACAUCUUCGGACGAUGUUACUCCCAUCACUGCAUGAGGACAUUGAAGAAGAUCAACUUAAAAAUGGUGGAAGCGCAGAAAAAGGCUGAAGAUUGGGCCACCUUCUACAAAAUUGGCAAGGAAGUCUUCUCAAACCACUCUAAAAAGGAGAUCGACCGCCAAAAUAACCUUCACGAAAUCGUCACCACUGAAGAUUCAUAUAUUGCGCAGCUCGAUGUUCUGCGGACACUCUAUAGAGAUACCCUUGCUACUGCACAGCCAUCCGUUAUCAAUCCCAAGCGUCUCGAUAGAUUCCUCAGGGACGUGUUUGGAAAAGUUGAUGCGGUGAAGAGGGUGAAUGAAGAAUACCUACUGGCUCAGCUGAAGUACAGGCAAAAAGAGCAGGGCUCCUUCAUUGUUGGCUUCAGUGACAUUUUUCGAGAGUGGAUUCGAAAGGCCAAAGCAGCCUACAUUGAAUAUGCGGCAACAUUCCCCAACGCCAACUACCUUGUACGCCGGGAAGCUGAAUCGAACAUGCUCUUCCGCUCUUUCUUGAACCAGGCUCGUGAGAACAGAUUAUCCAACAGAUUAAGUUGGGACACGUACUUGAAGGCCCCUAUCACACGUAUCCAGCGUUAUACACUGCUUCUCAACACCGUCUAUAAGAACAUGGAAAAAGAUUCAGAAGAGAAAUCUAAUCUGCUACAGGCUAUUGAGGAGAUCAAGCUUGUUGCCCUGGACUGUGACAACAAAGUUGGAGAAAUGACUAAGAAGAUGGACCUUAAGGAGCUAGGCGCAAAGCUGCAGCUGAGGCCGGAGAUGAAGUCCAUCGUCGAGCUCAACCUGGAACAUCUUGGGCGCGAAAUCAUAUAUCAAGGAGACUUGCAGCGGCCAAGGACAAAGAGGUUCAACUGGGUCGAUAUCCGAGCCAUUCUCUUCGACCACUACCUUGUCCUGGCUAAGAUAGUUAUCCACAGAGAUGCCGCUGGCAUAAAGCAUGAGAUGUUUGAUGUCUCUAAGCUGCCCAUUCCCAUGGACCUUCUCACCCUGGUCAGCACCAAUGAUGAUCCGGUAGUCAGGUCGGCAGUAAAGGGUAUUGCUCCUGCUAAUCCACGGACUGGGGCACCAACCGGUCUGGCCCACGCUGCAACCGCACCGCAAAUAACUUCUCCCACCCCAGGUGCAGCCGGCAGAUCAGUAACCACCACCGUCCUGGAAAACUCCCGAGACGAGAAGAUCCUCUAUCCCUUCAGAAUCAAGCAUCUCGGAAAACGCGAUGUUUACGUUUUGUACGCCCCAACGGCCCAGUCACGACAGGAAUGGUGUGAGAAGAUCUACGAAGCAAAAACCAAACACGCUGCUGCCCUCUAUGCUCAGAACGCAGAACCAUUCAGACUGCGUGUCCUAUCAGACUCAGCCUUCGCUUACUCGGACCAAGCUGUUCCUCCCAAGAGUGCUGUUAUCAAGGGAACCCCUCUUGACAGAGCCAUCAGAGAAGUUGAGAAGAAGUAUGAACGAAACCUGUCUCGACCGUUACCCGUCUGCAGAGCGGCCGUCAAUUGUGCGACUGUAUUCCAGCAGCCUCCAGGGAAAAUGAUGUGUGCCAUCGGUACAGACUAUGGCGUAUAUAUCUCUGCGUAUGACGAUCCUCGAGGAUGGACAAAGGGGAUUUCGAUGUUGCGUGUCACCCAGGUUGCUGUGUUUGAGGAAUUCAAUCUCUUCCUCUUGAUUUCCGACAAGUCCUUGAUCGGGUAUCAUUUGGACUCAAUUUGUCCCGUCAAUGGCACUGUGCAGCCUGACUCGCAACGACGCGCACCGCAAAAGCUGUCUGGGAACCGAGAGGUAGGCUUCUUUGCCGCGGGACGCAUGAAGGACAGGGCAUUGGUAUUCUACAAGAAGAGAGACGGCAUUUCCUCCACUUUCAAGGUAUUGGAGCCUGUUCUUCAAAAAUCGUCAUCAAGCCGUUCUCGCUUCCUGUCCCGACGAGGCCAAACCGAGUUCUUCCGCGAGUAUGAUGAAUUCUAUAUUCCCGCUGAGAGUUAUGGAAUCAACCUAUUCCAUACGUCUCUUGCUAUCGCUACAUCGAGAGGCGUGGAAGUCCUUACCCUAGACAAAAAACAGCCCUGGUCUGUCCCUAACCUGAAGUCUGAACAAGCCGACGUCCAAUCCCACCUCACCAGCAUCGCCAACAGAGUAAAAGAUCUCCGUCCCCUUGGCAUGUUCCGUCUCAGCGAUAGUGAGUUCCUCGUUGCUUUCCAGGAAUGCGCUGUAUACGUCAAUAAGCAUGGAGACGUCAGCCGCAGCGUGGUCAUGGAGUUCGUCGGCAUUGCUCAUGCGGCCUGUCUAUGUGGGAAGUUCCUACUCCUCUUCAACGAAGACUUCGUCGAAGUCCGCAACGCAUUGAACGGCCGUCUUCGACAAGUCAUUGCCGGCCGAAACGUCACGCUCUUAGACGAUGGCGGUAAUGGCAACAGUGGAAUCGACCAACAUACCAACGCGGUAGGUGGUUCAAAUUUCAACGAAGCAGCUUCCACACCCACUGGUUCGGGACGCAAUGGUCUCGGAAUCUCCACUGGAUUUGGCACUAUUUCCCGCACAGUCAAGAUCUGCAUGCAGCAUCCUGAACGUGAAAGAAGCCAGAUCGUACUGGAACUUCUAGAAAACGAGGGACAGAAAGAUUAAUUUUCAUUCCGAUCUAUCUCCCGUUCGGAAACCUUUUGCGCUGCGUCCCUUCCAUGCAUAUCAAACAUCUACCUUCUUACAUAGGUCUACUCUCACAACCUAUGGCCCCCUUUACCUGCAAUUUCUCUGUCGAUUUAUUCCAUUUUGGGCUUUUCCUUUCUUGCUGGCUACUCCAUAUGUUCGUUUCACCAUCUCAACCAACGCCCUCCUGGAUAUGCCAUUAUAUGACUGCAAAAUCACGACCUCAUGAUCCUAGACUCUUGUUUUCACCUUCAGGGGUUGGUUGGCCUGGUUGAUUGCAAGGCUUAAUUUUUUU